CCUUCCCUUCAAGAGCAGGGAGAGCUGCUGAAAGGAAAACCAACCGCAGGGAUGCAGCACCUGGCCCGUGUCUGCAGUUCUGGUCCCAUUCUCUUAGGCUGUGCACGGGCUCCCUGCGGGUUCGUGCGACCUCGGUCGGUUCUGUUGCCACUAGGUGACACUCUCGAUCCAGCACGUUUUGCGGCUUCCAGGAGCGCUUCUGGGCCGGAGGAAGACAAGCUUGGAUCAGGACUUCACGUAAGGCUCCAGUUGCUGGAGGGAAUGCAGCAGGCUCAGGUGCUCAGGCUUUGUUCAGUCUUCUCUGGAGCAGAAGCUCUGCGGUGAAGCUGAGAUGCUCCAAGCUUGGGGUGCAGCGGUGCUGAGAAGGAAGCGGGGCGUUGGAGCAGCAGCGUGGCCCAGCUGGGAUAAACGUGUUCUGCUGCAGUGAUUUAUCCCAGCUGGGAGGCCACCACAGCGUGGGCUCAGGGUGGGUUUCCUUGCUUGUUCCCAGCACAGAUGGGACGAGGAAGUGAGGCUUUCCUGGUACAAACGCAUUUCUAAAGCAACCUCCUGCUGCGAUCAGAGCCUCGCGUGUGCGUGCUCUGCCCCGGGCUGCCUGCCAGGACAGCGUGACGCAGGGACGGCUGGGGAGGUUUGCAUGGGAGCGUCCCAGGAGGAGAUCCUGCAGAUGCAGAGGGGCAGAAGCCACGCGCAGGCACCCAGGGGAGCUCAUCCUCCCAGGGGAGCAGCUAUGGAGUGGCACACUGCUGGGGGGAGCACCGUGCUCCUCACACACACAGAUGAGUCCUGCUGUGCAUCUCCCUUCUGUCUUGCUCGCAGAUGGCAUCCAGGCCAGGCACUCCCAUUCAGCUGCUAGGAAAAGUGGGACAGUUGUUGAAAAGCAGAUUAGCGAAGCAGAUCUCGAUAGAGACAAAGUUCUGUUCCUUCCCUUCAUUCAUGUUCUUGUUUCCCACUGGUAUCACAGGCAGUGUGUUAGGGUCAAACAGGCACAUCCUCACAACUCGCUGCUGCUCUGGCCAUGGAGAUGCAGGGGUGUCCCAUUGUCCCAUCUCUCCAUCAGCACUGGGGUCGGUGCCUGUGGCUGCGGUGCCCUCAGUGGGACCUGAGCCUGUUUGAAGGACAAACCCUGCCAGCAAUGAGAAGAAAACGAUCAGUGUCUGCCAAGCACCUCGAGGUACUGACUGUGAAAGGUGGAGGUGGGAGCUCAGGUUGCACGAUGGCACCUCGAGAUUUGGAAGCAUCUUCUGGAGGAUGGCAUGGAGGAGCUGCUGGAGCACGUAGGGUCCUCGGCCUUGCUGCCAAAGGGGCAAGUCGCCCUGGGCCCACCCAGCCCCCUGCCUGCCUCUGGCUGCUGUUUGAGAGGGCAGCUGCAGGUACUGGAUACAGGCUUUGUUGCUUUGUAUUUGCUUAUGCAAAAUUUUGCUCUCAUCAGCCGGCACUGAGGACAGAACCUUGCACUCAGCACUGGCAGUCGGGCUCAGCUGCAGAGUGCUGUUGGCCUGCAAAGUGAGCAUGGGGUCUGCACAGCAGAGGGGAGGCAGAGCACGGUGCGGGCUGUGUCUUUAAGGCACAGAAGGGAACUCUCUGGCUGCCACUUCGCAGAGUUUAGCCCAAAUCCCCGUGUUCAUUAGCAAUUCAUUGCAUCUCCUCCUCUCCCCUCCGCCCCACCUCCUCCGUAUCGGCAUUUCUGCAUCCUGCGCUGUGCAUCGCAGAGCAGCAGGUAAAAGUCUGGCUGGCUGCUGCACGCACACCGUUCACGCACAUCCCCGCACGCCCGACGCACCUCUGCCGGGGGCCAGGCACCGCCGGGCAGCUUCCCGUGCUCCUGCAUCUUCCUCCCCGCGUCUGAGCGUGGCUGGGAGCAUCCCCGCGCCCACCCCAGGGCUGCUCUGCCUCUCCUCGCCGUCUCCGGCUGCAGCAGCAAAGCUCAGGCACGGAGGAGGUCGGUGGGGCAGAGCCCUGCAGGUGGACGAAGGCAGCGGAGAGCUGAGAGCUGAGAGCUGAGCAUCCCCAGCGCUGCGUGGUCCGUCUGACUCCCUGGUGCAGAGCAUCACAGAGUCCGGCGUGUCCUCCCGUCCAGAGCUCCCCCGGUGCCCACGGCAUCCUCGGCGUCCAGCAGCGCUGUCCGGGCACAUCCCGGCACGGAGGGGAUUUGCAGGGACGAGCAGAAGCCUGGCUGUGAGUAACAGGGAGGGGAACCUCGCUGCUCAUCGGCUCCUGGAAAUGUCACUGCCUUGAUUGCCAGUGAAGAGAGAGAGCAGGGGAAGAGAGGGAGAAGAGAGCAGCAAGGAGGACGGCCGGAGAGAUGGAGCUCCCUCCCCUGGAGCCGGCGCCUGCCAUGAUCACCUAGCACAGGUGGAGAAGGUCCCUGGCUGCAGAGCCAGCCCUGCUGCCCCGCUCCUCAUGGAGGGCAUUUUGGGAUCCCCCAAUGCCAGCGUGCUGGGGGGGCGCUCACUGCUGGUGGGGAGCAGCUGGAUGGCCGCCUUCCUCUGCUUCAUCAUCCUGCUGACCACAGCCGGGAACUCCCUCCUCAUCCUCCUCAUCGUCACCCAGCGCUCCCUCCGCAACACCUCCAACUAUUUCCUGGUGUCCCUCUUCAUGUCCGACCUGAUGGUGGGGCUGGUGGUGAUGCCCCCCGCCAUGCUCAACCAGCUCUACGGCCACUGGGUGCUGAGGGGAGACUUCUGCUCCCUCUGGUACGCCUUCGACGUCAUGUGCUGCAGCGCCUCCAUCCUCAACCUCUGCGUCAUCAGCUUGGACCGCUACCUGCUCAUCAUCUCCCCUCUGAAAUACAAGCUGCGCAUGACAUCCUGCAGGGCCCUCUGGCUCAUCCUGGCCACCUGGACCUUGGCUGCUCUGGCCUCCUUCCUGCCCAUCAAACUGGGCUGGCACAAGCUGGAAUUCGAGGUUUGGUCCCCAAAUGUCACCUCCCGGGGGGACGAGGAGCAGUGCCGGCUGGUGGUCAGCUUGCCCUACGCCCUGGUGGCCUCCUGCCUGACUUUCUUCCUCCCAUCCGCCGCCAUCUCCUUCACCUACUGCCGCAUCCUCCUGGCAGCUCGCAAGCAAGCCGUGCAGGUGGCUUCCCUCGCCUCCAACGUGGCCACUGCCACCACCGACGAGAGCAUGGAGCAGGUUCCCCAUGCCCCAAGUCAGCCUGCAGCUGGCAGCGAGAGCAGGAGGUUUGCGAACAAGCACAGCAAGAAGGCGCUGAAGGCCAGCCUGACACUGGGCAUCCUGCUGGGCAUGUUCUUCGUGGCCUGGCUCCCCUUCUUUGUCACCAAUGUGACGCAGGCAGUGUGUGACUGUGUCCCUGCUGGCUUCUUUGACGUGCUCACCUGGCUGGGCUACUGCAACAGCACCAUGAACCCCAUCAUCUACCCGCUCUUCAUGAGGGACUUCAAGAGAGCCAUGGGCAAAUACCUGCCCUGCUGCCGGCGCACCGGGGAGCCCCGGCCCAGCGCCAUCUCUCUCUCCAUGAGGAACUCCAACAGCGGGCCCCGUGCGGCCACGUCCCUCAAGAAUGUCCUCGCCUUGCAGGCUGAGACCGACUCCGUUGUCUCUGAGGCGGUGGCAAAUGAACACAGCCUGCUGCCGGCAGCUGAAGGCGCCCUGCCUGCCCCCACUGCUCGCUUGGUCGGCCUUUUUGAGAUGGAAAACCCAGAGCUGGAGCUGCAGCGCCGGCAGCUCGGCACCCCUGAGGCCUGAGGGCCAGCCUGGGUAUGUCUACUGCGCCCAGGGGAGGAGCUCAGCUUCUGCUUGUACAGCCCAGCAGGUCGCCCCUAACUCACAUCAAGGGGAAAAAAACAGAUGGGAAGCACGUCCCGUGACUCACGGGCAAGAUUCGGGGCUGCUCCAGUCCUCAGCACAUCAUGUCCCCUGGGGACUUAAUUUUCUCGCCUGAUCUGGGCUGUAUCUGUCAGUUUCCUGUGAAAGCAGUGACUUGCAGCAUGCUGAAACCAUCCCAUGUAAUCACGAGCAGGCAGCGCUAUGGGGGAUUAAAUCUGAUGCAAAAUGCUCAACGCUGCUUUUUGGAUACUCCACACGGGUGUGGGUGUUCAGCCUGUUUGUAGCUCCACGGGUAUCCUGACAGUAGUAAGGAACGAAAUAAGCUUCCCUUUAGCUUUCAUCCCACAGCUUCCUAUUUCUGGCAUACAGCCAUCACACUUUGCUCUGACAACCCAUCAAUUUGAAGACGAUGCCGUUAGAAAUCUUUUUUUUUUUUUCUUUUU